CGGAAACAGCUCGUCAACAACCUCGGUAGCUUGAUAGCCAACAUAGCCGAAAGAUUCAAGCUAUUUAUACGCUUUCGGUGUAUAUUAGCUACUGUGUUUUAGACACAGUUCUGUCGUAUCUACUUGUUAACCUAUUUAAUAUUAACGUUACAUUAUUUUGUAUUAGUCAGCUAUAGUAGCUGGCUGGUUAAGUUUGCAUUAGCCUAGUCGCUAAUGAUAUCUAGCUAGCUAACAUCCCCGAACAUGAGCUCCCUAAACAUCUCCCCUCCUGUUAAAGAAGAGGGGGUCUGCUGGACGGAGAAAGAAGCUCUGGGGCUGAACAUUGUCGUGAAAGAGGAGAAGGAAGAAGAGGAUGUCACAGUAAAACAAGAAGUAGAGGGUGAGGCUGUUACUGUGAAAAAAGAAGAGAAAGACGUUACAGUGAAAGAAGAGGAAGAGAAAGAGGAGGAUGUAGUUUUUGGAGUGAAGAUGGAAGGGGAGAUUACUGUCACAUUGAAAGAUGAAGAGGUGGAGAUAGGAGAUCUGAUUAACACCAGAGAGAGACGGGACUACCGUGGGUCAUCUGGGAAGCCUCAACAACCUCAUGAUGCUGACGAGGCAGAGAAGAGUCUCUACAGAUCAGAACACGUCAAGAAACACCAGCGGAGAUCCACAGGGAAGGGAACUCACUGCUGCUCUGACUGUGGGAAGAGAUUCACCUCAUCAGGCAUUAAAAUUCAUCAGAGAAUACACACAGGAGAGAAACCUUACGGCUGUGAUCAAUGUGGGAAGAGUUUUGUUCAAUACAGCCAUCUGAAGAUACACCAGAGAACACACACAGGAGAGAAAUCUUAUAGCUGUACUCAAUGUGGUAAGAGUUUUAGUCAUUCAACCAGCCUGAUACCACACCAGAGAACACACACAGGAGAUAAUCCUUAUAGCUGUGAUGAAUGUGGGAAGAUUUUUACUACAUCUAGAAAUCUGACUCUACACCAGAGCAUACACACAAAAGAGAAAUCUUUUAGCUGUACUCAAUGUGGGAAGAGUUUUCUUCAAUAUAGCCAUCUGAAAAUACACCAGAGAACACACACAGGAGAGAAACCUUUUAGCUGUACUGAAUGUGGGAAGAGUUUUAGUCAUUCAACCAGCCUGAUAUCACACCAGAGAACACACACAGGAGAAAAACCUUAUAGCUGUGAUCAAUGUGGGAAGAGAUUUACUCAGCUAAGCAUCCUGAUAUCACACCAGAGAACACACACAGGCGAGAGACCUUAUAGCUGUUCUCAAUGUGGGAAGAGUUUUACUCAGCUAAGCAACCUGAUUUCACACCAGAGAACACACACAGGAGAGAAACCUUUUAGCUGUGAUGAAUGUGGGAAGAUUUUUACUACAUAUAGAAAUCUGACUCGACACCAGAGAAUACACACAGGAGAGAAACCUUUUAGCUGUACUCACUGUGGGAAGAGUUUUACUCAGCAAAGCAACCUGAUAUCACACCAGAGAACACACACAGGAGAGAAACCCUAUAGCUGUGAUCAAUGUGGGAAGAGUUUUACUCAGCUAAGCAACCUGAUAUCACACCAGAGAACACACACAGGAGAGAAACCCUAUAGCUGUGGUCAAUGUGGGAAGAGUUUUGCUACAUCUGGGCAGCUGACUAUACACCAGAGAACACACACAGGAGAGACAUCCUGUAGCUGAAAUCCAUGUGGGAAGAGUUUUACUCAGGCCAACAGCCUGGUACAACACCAGAGAACACACACAGGAGAAACCUCUUAGCUUUGACCAGAGAUAAUCUGAUAAAAGAUUUCAGAUCAAAUAUCAGAAAGUACAUACAGGAAGGAGUUGUUUCAUGAUAUCAAUGAAUUACUGUCAAUGUUUUAACAUUGUACUAGGAGUAUUUUAAUCAUGUCACAAUGUAGAAGCCUAAAUGUUUGCCCCCUCAUCAAUUGAUAUCAACAUUCGGGGGAAAAAUCCAUGCUCUGAAUUGAAAGUUGUGUUGAGUUGUGUUACACUUACCACGUUGGUGACACACUGCAGUUUAUAAGGAGCUUGUUUAAAAAAUACAAAUAACAUGAUUAUUGUGGCAGAUGUUUGUGUAUAUAGCACAUGUUAUGUUUAGGUUUUCAAUUUAUCCCAAACUGUUUCUGCGUAUUGGUUAUUGAUUUGGACACGUUAACACUGUUUUGACAUCGGGCUAUCCCACCGAGCAAAAUGUAAUUGAAAAGACGUUCAAAAGAAGACUAUGCCCGACAUCCAAUAUACGUUCGGUUGAAAAUAUCUAUUUUGGGGUCAUUUUUUUCAAUGACAUGAAAAUAACUUAAUUUCAACUAACUUGCAGGUAUCCUAGUGGUUAGAGCGUUGGGCCGUCAUUGUAAGCCAGAAUUUGUUCUUAACUGACUUGUUUACAAUGACGGCCUACCAGGGAGCAGUGGGUUAACUGCCUUGUUUAGGUGCAGAAUGACAGAUUUCUACCUUGUCAGCUCGGGAUCCAGUCCAGCAACCUUUCGGUUCCUGUUAAAUGAAGGUUAAAAUAAAUAAAUAAAUACACAUGGA